AGGCCAUUGGGUCGAUGGGAGUGCAAGCAGCGCAGCGAUAGCUGACAUCGAGGGUGCAAUUGUAUUUGUGUGCCGCAGCCGCUGCCGCUGUGGCUGUGGUGCCGCAGUCAGUGGUGGAAUGAGAGAGAUUUGUGUGAUGUGUCGUUAGGUCGAAACGGUCGAGUCGGGUCGGGUCGUGUACCUUUUGCCACGAAUGUUUUGCCAGUCAGGCUCUAAAAGGCCUUACGAGAACAGCUGAGAUUUUGCUGCUCGCAUGACGCGCAUUUUUACAAAGAUAGAAAAAUUUUUGAAAAUUUUUAUAUAUUUUCCAAGUGUCGCUAAGCGAGUUAACAAAUUUCAACUACUUAUAUUUUGAACGUGUGUGUUGAUUACAAUUCAAAUACAACGAAAUUCAAAGAAAAUCAAAAUACAACAAAAAAUUUAAAAAACGCAAAAGUGUUUUUCGUGCUGUGUUUAAAUGUGCAGUGCAAUAAUCAAAUAAAUACAACAAAUUAUUGCAACGAAAAAUUAAAGCAAAAAUACUUUGCAUUAAAAAAAGUGCAAAAGAAAAAUUCUAAAAAAAUAUUAAAGAAGAAGAAAAAAGAAAAUUAAUUUUUUCGAAAAUCGAAUUGAAUUGGCGACUCUCAUUGAUUGCAUUGUGACCAGUGUGCCCAAGUGAGGACCGUGCAAAGUGUAUUCCAGCAGUUAUUCCACGUGUUCCGAUCCGGCCGCCAAAAUUAUUACGCACAAUUCGUUGAGCGUGUACGGUGGCGGCGUCAUGUGCGCCUCCCCGUCCACAGCUCCCGGCUUCUUCAACCCGCGGCCACAGUCCGGCACGGAGCUGUCCGCCUUCGACCUGGGCCUAUCGCGCUCCAUGACGCUGGGCGUGCCGCCGCACAGUGCCUGGCACGAUCCCACGCUGGGUGGCCAUCUGCACGCCUCCGCCGGACCCGGAUCCCUUGGCGGCACUGGCAGCAGCGGAGGCGGUGGUGGCGGCGGCACCACGCCCAGCAGUGUGGCCAGCCAGCAGUCAGCGGGCAUUAAGCAGGACCUGUCCGGCCUCAGUGGGUCCACAGCGAAUCUGAACCAAAGCGCGCACCAUGUCAUCAAGGAGGAUCUGUCCAGUUUGCCCAGCGCCAAUAAUGGCUCCACAUCCGCACAUCACACAAGCUCCGCUCAGUCCGGCCAUGGUCCGGAUCUGGUGCCCAUCAUCAAGGGAUCACAGUCGGCCAGCUGUGGCGGCGGAGGAGGAGGCGGAGGCGGCAGCACCACGCCCAGUUCGCAGGCGAACAGCUCACAUUCGCAGAGUAGCAACAGCGGUUCACAGAUCGACUCCAAGCAGAACAUCGAGUGCGUCGUUUGCGGCGACAAGAGUUCCGGCAAGCACUACGGACAAUUUACCUGUGAAGGCUGCAAAUCAUUCUUCAAACGCUCCGUUCGACGUAAUCUCACAUACUCAUGUCGCGGCAGCAGAAACUGUCCGAUAGAUCAACAUCAUCGCAAUCAAUGCCAAUAUUGCCGUUUGAAAAAGUGCCUCAAAAUGGGCAUGCGACGCGAAGCUGUUCAACGUGGCCGCGUGCCGCCCACACAGACCGGCCUGGCUGGCAUGCACGGUCAAUACCAGUUGGCCAAUGGCGAUCCAAUGAGCGUGGCUGGCUUCAACGGCCACUCGUACCUCAGUUCCUACAUUUCGCUGCUGCUGCGUGCGGAACCGUAUCCCACAUCCCGCUACGGUCAAUGCCUGCAGCCGAACAACAUCAUGGGCAUUGACAACAUCUGCGAGCUGGCCGCCCGACUUCUCUUCUCGGCAGUCGAGUGGGCCAAGAAUAUUCCCUUCUUUCCGGAGCUGCAGGUGACCGAUCAGGUGGCGCUGCUGCGUCUCGUCUGGUCGGAGCUGUUCGUGCUGAAUGCGAGCCAAUGCUCGAUGCCUUUGCAUGUGGCGCCUCUGCUGGCUGCCGCUGGUCUGCACGCCUCACCGAUGGCGGCGGAUCGCGUGGUUGCCUUCAUGGAUCACAUACGCAUCUUCCAGGAGCAGGUGGAGAAGCUGAAGGCGCUGCACGUCGACUCAGCGGAGUACUCCUGCCUCAAGGCGAUUGUGCUCUUCACCACCGGUAAGUUGCUGGACAUUCUUUACAAGGAUGUGCCCGCACUGCUAACCAAAGUUUCAGCACUCCUCGGCAAGCGGGCAACGGCGACGUCUGGGGAAGCUGAGUGUAACAACGAUGAUGUGCUCAGCGUGGUGCGCGAGCAUCUCGACGAGCUCAAUCGCCAGGAGUUUGAGUCGCAGCUGCAGCAGGCCCCGCUGCACUUGGCCACGUUCAUGAAGAGCGUGGCUGGCGUUGAGGCUGCAGUGCAGCAAGCGGAGCAACAACAACAGCAAUACCAACUGCAACAGCAGCAACAGUUGCCGCUUGGACAAAGCGAAUCGAAGCCAGUUGCCAGUGCAGUGCCUGCUGUUCCUGUUGUGCCCUCCGCUAGCAGCGCUUUCAGCACCUGCGCCAAGUCCAGUGCCGGCGAGGUCGAUCUGCUCGCUGCACUCUAUGCCAGCUCCAACAACGCAAAUGCUGAGACCAGCGUCGCCAGCAACGCCAGCCACAACAAUAGCAGUGGCCUUGGCGCCUCGCUUGCCACCCAAUCGCAAUCACAAACGCAAUCCCAAUCCCAGUCCCAGAGCGCUUCCUCCUCUCUUAAUUCAGCCGCCUCGCCGCUGAGUGCCGCCGCAGUUGCCGCGACCACUUCCGCCACUUCCCUGGCCCCAACAGCAGCGAACAGCUCGCUGGCUGGAGCAUAUCAGACGCAGGGCCAUCAACAGCAGGCGGCUGCCGCUGCGGCCAUGUUCUAUCAGACGCCGCCGCGCAGCGCCUUUGGCUCGGCCUUUGAUAUGUUCCACCACAGCACGCCCUUCGGUGUCAGCCACGCGGCGGCAGCGGCUGCGGCAGCUGCACACUCCGGCAGCGGUGGCAGCUUCGGUAGUCCUAGCUAUAGAUACUCGCCAUACAGUCUCGCCGGCAGUAGAUGGCAGUUGUAGACCGAAUCUCUCGAAAGUGUCUUUCAGCUAGCCUCUCAAUCGAAACCCAGUUUUUGGUAGACCUCUAGACUAGUCGAUUGCCUUAGGUUAGCUACUGUAAUUACCUGUAUCUUAUGUAACUAUGCUGUACUUAAUUAUGUAUCUACAAGUAUUUAAAGUUAUAUUUAGUGCCUACUUCUUAUGUAUUUACUGCCUUAAACUAAGUCU